AUGACGAGCGACAACCUCAUCACGGAGCCAGCGCUCCUCUCCGUCCUGCAAGCAGCAGCACAGGCUCGCCAACAAAGUCUCGCCAUCCUCGACCUGCUGGAACAAUAUCACGCACGCGAUACCGAGACCACUCCAGAAUCUCUACUAGACGAUCAACUCGCCCUUUCCAAACAGCAGAAGACCCUCAAUACUCACCUGGCAAAAGUGCGUGGACUUAACAGGAAGGCUGUUCUGAGUGUGCGGGCGACGAAACAGGAGACGGCGGAAGCGAGGCAGGAGAUUGACAGUCUGCAUCUGUCUCUGCAGAAUUUGUACUAUGAGCAGAGGCAUUUGAGAGGUGAGAUUGGGGGGUGUGAUGGGUAUGAUCAUCGCUACAGACAGCUCCCAAUGGUCUCAGAGGAAGAAUACCUUUCACGCCACCCUGAUCAGGUAGACGCGACCGAGCACGACUUGACUAUCGCACGUAUCGAGGACGAACGUCUUGCCCGGCAGGAGUUAGAAGUGCAGAGGCUGGAAUUGGUCAAGAGAAAAGAGGCUCUGGCUAAGGAGACGCUGGCGAAGAAGGAGGAGCUAGGACGUCUGGACACUGCAAUGGAGAAAUGGCUUGGUGGUCAAGAUGCUGUCAGGAAGCUGUUCGAGGCGAGGGAGGAGAGUGUAGCCGGCAUCCCACAGCCGCAGACUGUCUGA